AUGAGCUUAACUGAAAACAUAAGACCUAAAACUGUAAUGGAUAUUUGUAAACUGAUCAGAACUGAAAAACUUCAAGAACUGUUUCCUUACGUAGAUAUAGCAUUAAGGAUGUAUUUAUGCUGUCCAACAUCCAAUUGUUCAGCCGAGAGAUCAUUUUCAGCAUUAAAGAGGGUUAAAUCUUAUUUGAGGUCGAGAAUGACUGAUGAUCGUCUUAAUAGGUUAGCAAUCUUGUCGAUUGAAUCUAUACUUACCAUGAAUAUGAGCUUUAAUGAAAUUAUAAGUACAUUUGCAAAACAAAAUUCACGAAGAAAACUAUAA